AUGACUGACGAACAGCAACAUAUUCGUCAGUUACUGGAUGCGCGCUACGCCCACACUGCCGUUUAUGCCGAUGACACACCGUCUGUAUAUAGUGUCCCUUUCUUUUCACCCCGACCCAGUGAUUCUGACGUUCACUCCCUCCACUCUUUUCGUUCACCCCCCUCUUCGCCACCCCCCUUGGAGCCACGUUCCCGUCUCAACGAUUAUGCCAACUUGGAGCCAAGGUCUCGUCUCAAUGAUCUCGCCAACAGUAUGCUCGACUUUGACGACGACUCUCAAACCGAGUCCCAUUCUGAUUCGGAGGAGGAUGCAGCGGAAACUGUUGAUGCGGACCAUGACACGCGAAUGAGCUUCUUGGGACCUCGAAUGCGUAUGAUUGAGAAGGCACCAUGGGAGCUAUCCGAUACCCUGGAGGAAGAAGAGGAAAUAGACCCCGACCGCCCCCGUGGUAGAGAUGGAUUCAAGAAGGGAAUGGGGUUUCGCUCCUCGAGCCGUGGAACAACUGCUAGCAGUAGACCCAGUGGAGAAUCAAGUCGCUCCCACCAGGCCAAACCGAAACGAUCAUUUGAAACGACGUCCUCAACUAGUUCACCACAAAGUCGCGGCAGCCCAUUCAAUACCCUUUCUACAGGCAAUGGAAGAUCAGGACUGCGUUUAAAUUUCCCUGUGACCCGUUCAGAGUCUCCCGGCUACGCGAAUCCACCAUCUCCGCGCGCCCCACCUAGUCCUCGGUCUAUAAUCUCCUAUCAUUCUAACACGCCGUCUCCGUUUCCGUCUAAUAACAAAUCACCGUUGACGCGAAGAGACAGUUAUUCGGAAGAAAUGCAUCCAUAUGCGAACCCUGACUUGGUUGUUUCUUAUGCUGACGAUCAAGACUCUUCUCUGACGCCUGCCCCGAAUCGAACCAUUUUCCGUGUUCCCAGUAUCGCAAGAAGUGAAGCGAGCACGGUCACAGAAUCCACAUCAUUAUCGCGCUCCGUCACAGGAUCGACUUUGACUGCGGAUACUUCCUCUACCUCCAUGUCACCCUCUCAUAGCCCACGAAUGAGAGCCUCCAUGUUCCAUGGGAAAGAAAUAUCGGCCCCCAUUCCCAUACCUUCUACGGUCAAUAUCUCGUCACCUCUAAUGGCCCCGGCUUUACCUCCAGGGCAAAACUUUGCUCUCAUAUCCUUAGAAGAAGCCAGAGCUCAACGGACGCGUAACACUCAAAACUUUUCCAUUGCAACGACAUCAACAACUCCAUUCCCUGAAGCUCCACCUGAUGGCCCCAAUCACAGCCCCACUAACAGUGUAGCCUCUCGUUCUCGAGCUCGUUCAAUCAGUGCUGGCGCCCGAGCCAAGGUGGCCUUACAGAACAUAGUUGCAAUGCCAGCGAAACCUGAGCGUCGCGACUCGGAGCCUUUACCAGCCAAGUCAUUAAAGCACAAAAAGAGUGGUUUCAUGAGGCUAUUCAACGGCGGUCGCGGGAAUGGAGAUGAAAGAGACUCCCCACCACCAGUCCCUCAGCUCUCAGACGAGUAUGUUGCCCUCAAUGCUCAACAAUCGAAUGGAAUUCGGUCGGCAAAAAGUUCAAUACAUCGGGUACCACCACCAGAAAUCUCGACAUCCAUGCUGUUUGAUAGCGGGCGCUCAGAUGACCGUCUUUCCCCUCGACCAAGUCCACCCGCUCUCUCUAUCAACACGGGCUCGCAAGGCCGAUUAAGAGCAGCUUCGACUGUUGACGACUUCCAGACACGAACAGUCCCUUCCGAUUUGUCCGAUCGAGAUUGGCAUCAAGCUGAUCUGCCUCAGAGUGCGCCGCCCAACGUCACCGAGUUUCCUGCUCUCAAAUUGAGGCCUGUUUCAACGAUGUUCAGCGCCCAUUUUGCCGAUCAUUUGGUACUUCCGCCAGACUCCGAUUCUCAACCUUCCCUUGAUGAUGCGGAUACAUCGAGUUCGACUAGUCCUACUUCUAUAGCACCAAUCACUCCUGCUAUACUUGGCCGUGGCAACAGUGCUGAAAAGGACACCAGGAUCCAGAUGACGACAAUCUCGGAGGACCAAACUUCGCUGGUCCAAUCUUUACAACAGCAGCUCGCUAGUUCCAAAAAAGCGUGGCAACGCCAUAUACAGGAGCUGGAAAGCCAAGUCCGUGAUCUCAAGGGUGAGGUGGAGAGACUUCGCGCCGUUGAUGGCGACUAUUGCGACACUUGCGGAAGGGGACGACAAACGAGUGGGGUUGUGAACCGUCCCAGAUCUCGUAAUGGGGCCGCUUCACGGUUUGGCAGCGCAGUUUAG